CUUCGAAGGACAUACAACACGCAAAAUAUUAAUCUAAAUGGAAGAUGGGUUGUUUUGUAAGUUUCUGACAACUUGUCAUGCAUUUUCUGCACUUCAGAUGACUCGAAACAAAAUAUGGAAAGAAUCAGUGAGGUUGAACGGCUUUUCGGGUUCCCAUCCAAUAAACUAGUAACUACAAAUCGUGUAUUGGUAGGAGAGGGUGUUCUUACUAAGAUAUGCAGGAGGAAGCCCAAACUCAGACACUUUUUCUUGUUUAAUGAUGUUCUGAUUUAUGGAAGAAUUGUGGUGAACAGAAAAGUCCUUCGUAAUCCUCAAUUUAUUGACCUUGCGGAUGUCUCUGUAAAGAACGUUUUGGAUAACGGCAUCUACCGAAACGGAUUUUCAAUCCUUAGUCCUAGAAAGUCUUUCACUGUUUACGCAAGUACAUCUGAAGAAAAAGCUCAGUGGGUAGUUCAUUUGAAGAAGUGCAUUUCGAAUUCCAUCCAUUCCACUAAGCAGUCUGAUUCAAUCAAAAAAUCACCGAUUUGGAUUCCAGAUUCAGAAGCUUCACAUUGUAUGGUAUGUGGGACUACUGAAUUCAACUUGGUUCAUCGUCGGCAUCAUUGUCGACAUUGUGGUAAAGUUGUUUGUGAUAAAUGUUCAGCUUAUCGUUGGAUAUUACCAUAUCAGAGUUCAUCACGUGUACGUGUUUGUUCAAUAUGUCAUAGGAAUUUGUUAAUUGAAAAAAACAGCGCAUCUAGUCACCUCAACGACGACUGUCAGCAUCAUCAUCAUCAAGGAGAUGAAGAAGACGAAGGAGAAGAAGAAGAACGAGUUCAAUACUCACAAUAUCAUUAUAAUCAUCAACGAUUUGAAAAGUUGUCAGAUGAAAAGUAUUCACCUAUUACUACUAAUACUACUAUUACUACCAUUAAUACGACUACUACUACUACUACAGCUGCAGUUAAUACUAAAAUUAUCAGUUCAGUGAAUGAAACACCUAAAAACGGGAUUGUUUUAACACCAACCUUUCUUGGUAAUGUCAACAUGUCAAAUGAUGAAUUGAACACUGAAAGUGAUACAGAAUCGGAUACAAAUGAUUGAGGGAAUAAUGUUGGCCUCUUCAGACGCACACACACAUACACACACAGAUGCUUCGUUAAUCAACACAAUCAAACAGACCUGGAAUUAUGCAAUCACGUCCUGUCCUUCAUAAUUUUAUUCAUCUAAAGUAAUUUAUGAUGCAAUCAGUCACUGUCUUCCUUUUGCAGAAACUGAAGCGCACACACACACACAAAAUUGAUACUUCGCGCCUUUAUUAUUAUAGAUGAUCUCAUCACCAGCUUCAUAUAUUUGAAUAUUACUCUAAUAUAUCUGGGACAUAUGCACACUUCUGACUACCUGAAUAUAUUUAAAUGUCCCAGCCUUUUUUUUCUUCAUGAUUAUAAUACGCAACCAGAUUUUUAAUUUUAUAUAUAUUUUUAAUUUUACUUUUGUUUAAAUUAUCUAAUAUCAAUUUUUUAAUGGUGAAUGUGUCGUCAUUUCGAAUGAAAGUAAACUAAUACUGAUCAGAUCAGAUAUUGUGCUUUUGAAUAAAAAUCUUGUUAUUAUUAUUAUCAUCA